GACUCGCAGACUCUCAGAUACGACCAAGCAUCGAGCGCGGGAACGUCGUCUUCUGGCGUAGUGUUUUGACGUGUUGGGUCCUAACGAUUAUCGUUUCGUUUUUCGCAUCUUCGUUGGCGUAACGAAUUUUGUCGAGCUCCGUACGCUUCAUUUAUGUCGUCGAAUCCUGCAUCUAGAUUAUCUUUCAAACGAAACGCCCCGAUUCUAGAGGCUUACCUACCAGGGAACUUAACUCGUUCACGUGGACUGUGAAAAGGAGGAAGUAGUACUACAUCGUUUGACAGCCAGUGCAAAGUGAAAUCUGUUGAACCGGAAGACAUCGUAGCGAGCCGGAGGUUUAUUUGGUGGGAGAAAAUCGGGUUUUCAACGGUGAUCAUUUGCGCUUUGAUCGGGAUGUCCGAAGGCGGGGGCGGCAUGUGGGGACGGGCGUUCUGGUCUCACGGCAAGAUGUGCGCCGCCCACCCCUGGGAAGUCAUUUUCUCCGUCAUCACCACAACAGUCGGCAUGAUCUCCUUCGCCGAUUGGUACAAGAACCCUUCGCUACCUCGCACCCCUCAGGAAUACCAAGGACUAGACGUGGUCGUAAUGACUAUUAUACGUUGCUCAGCGCUUCUUUAUACCUAUCAUCAAUUUAGAAAACUCCAUAAAAUUGGUUCCAAGUAUAUUUUAGGUAUUGCUGGAUUAUUUGCAGUGUUUUCCAGCUUUGUUUUUAGCUGCUCUGUGAUCAAACUGCUGGACAGUGAUGUUUCUGAUUUGAAGGAUGCUCUUUUCUUCUUCCUGUUGCUGGUUGACCUAAGUAAAGCAAGCUUGCUGGCACAGUUUGCUUUGACAUCGUCAAGCCAGACGGAAGUUCACACCAACAUUGCUUGUGGUAUGGCUCGUUUGGGUCCUUCCCUUACUCUCGACACAAUUGUCGAAGCUCUAGUCAUAGGGGCUGGUACACUGUCAGGUGUGAGUCGUUUGGAGCAAAUGUGUGCAUUUGCUUGUCUUUCCAUUGUUGUAAAUUACAUUGUCUUCAUGACCUUCUUCCCAGCUUGCCUGUCACUCGUUCUUGAGCUCUCUAAUAGAUGUUCUUCAGGCCAACCUCCAUGGCAGAUGGCAACACUUGCUCGUGCCAUGGUUGAAGAGGAGAGGCCCAAUCCUGUUGUUCAAAGAGUCAAGGUUAUCAUGUCUGCGGGGCUGCUACUUGUACAUGGCAUUACUCGAUGGUCUUUGUCACUGUCAGUUAACACAAUGACUCUAUCUGAUUCAGCAGCAGCUUUUAAUUCUUCCACUGAUCCACAUGUUAUUGUACGGUUGCUUAAUGCAGGACUAGACCAUGUUGUGUUUAUGGUGUUAUUGGUAGCCUUGAUCAUCAAGUAUGUGCUGUUUGAGUCCCAGGGACAUUUAGAAGAGCAUCUCAUCCAUGAUAGUCUGUUAACUUCUCAGGAUGAUACUCAGUCCCCAUCAUUGAGUGGUAAAGGGUUGAACUCAGGAGGAAUACUCCGCCAUUGCACAAGAAGCCGUACUGUCAGUUUCAACUCAACUUGCGACGAAUCUCUUGCAUCAUCCCUAAAAAAAGAAGAUAUUAGUACUCAGACAGAAGCAGUUUACCCUGCCAUGGAAGAUCAAAAAGAGGAGAAACCCAUGUCUCCUCCAAGACCACUAGAUGAAUGUGUUAGCAUUAUGAAUUCUGAGGCUGGCGUCAAAUCUUUAACAAAUCAAGAAAUUGUUCAGUUAGUAGAGAAGAAGCAUGUACCUGGGUACAAACUUGAAACAGUUUUGGGAGAUCCAUUAAGAGCAGUCGACAUUCGUAGGAGAGUAGUUGCUCCUCACACAACAACCAAGAGUUCAAUGGAUACAUUGCCCUAUGAUCAUUAUGAUUACACAAAAGUCAUGGGUGUGUGUUGUGAAAAUGUUAUUGGCUAUGUCCCUGUGCCUGUGGGAGUUGUAGGUCCUUUGAAUGUUAAUGGCAAGAAGUACAUGGUACCAAUGGCAACAACAGAGGGUUGUCUUGUAGCAUCAACAAACAGAGGAUGCCGAGCUUUAGUUAAUGGCGCCAAGAGUGAAGUCAUUCGGGAUGGUAUGACAAGAGCACCGAGCGUCAGACUUCCUAAUGCAGCUAGAGCAACUGAGGUGUAUAUGUGGAUUCGCAACAAGGACAAUUUUACAGUCAUCAAAGAAGCAUUUGAUUCUACCAGUCGAUUUGCACGUCUUCAAGAUCUGCGCGUUGCUAUUGCAGGAAGGUUGUUGUACACUCGAUUUGUAGCUCAGACGGGCGAUGCAAUGGGGAUGAACAUGGUUUCUAAAGGAACGGAGGCGGCUCUUGCAGCAAUUAAGAAGUAUUUUCCUGAUUUGGAAGUCCUGAGUGUCAGCGGUAAUUACUGUGUGGAUAAGAAGCCAUCAGCUAUUAACUGGAUUGAAGGUCGGGGAAAGUCUGUUGUUUGUGAAGCUGUGAUUCCAGGAAAAGUGGUGACAUCUGUCCUGAAAACAUCUGUCGCUGCUUUGGUCGAGGCUAAUGUCACAAAGAACCUUGUAGGAUCCUCUCUAGCUGGGUCUAUUGGGGGGAAUAAUGCUCAUGCUGCUAAUAUUGUUGCUGCUGUUUAUAUUGCUUGUGGUCAAGACCCUGCACAGGUAGUAGGCAGUAGCAACUGUAUGACCCUAAUGGAAGCAUGGGGAGACAACAAAGAUGAUUUGCACAUGACAGUUACUAUGCCCUCCCUUGAGGUUGGUACAGUUGGAGGAGGAACUGGUUUGCACCCUCAAUCAGCAUGUCUUAGUAUGUUGGGUGUUAAAGGUGCACAUAAAGAAACUCCAGGAGAAAAUGCGCGUCAGUUUGCUAAAAUUGUGGCAGCAACUGUAUUAGCUGGUGAACUCUCACUCAUGUCAGCUUUGGCUGCUGGACAUCUUGUUAAAAGUCACUUAACACACAACAGAGCCAAGGCUCCAACUACUGAGGCAACUACUACCUCUCCAGUGACAACUCACACCACUACUGUCUCUCCUUCCAACUCUGCUCCUGCUCUUUUAGCCACAGCAUCGUCUUCUGUUUCUCCAUUACCUUCAGAAUCAUUACCACAGCCUUGUAGUGUUUCUGCUUCUUUAGAAAACAUUGCAAGUGGUGGUUCGUCACCUUCAUCAGUUUCUGAUAUAAAAAUAGAUUCAAAAGUUGAAGAGGGAUUAUCUGGUAGUGAAACUAGUAAGAAUGAAUGUAGCCCAAUUGUUAACUUGCCAGCAUGUAAAGACCCAGGAAACUUAAAUGUUCCGCAUUCAAGGGAUAGGUAAACAUCUUGACUGAUAUUACAUUGCUAUGGUAAUUUUAUUUUCAUUAGGGCUUCCAUGUUUUAGCAUUGCCAUACCAGUAGGUAUGGGUGUGUUACUGUACCAAGUACAGCUGUCAUAUCACAAAAUGGUGUAGGCUUUCAAAAUGAAAUGAGAAGGCUCUUGAGGUAAUGGAUAUACAUUCAUCGAUGUUGAGAUUUUUUCUUUUGUAUUAUAUUUGUAAACAUUACUAUAUUUAUUGGUAUUUUUAAAAAAUUUAUUUAUGUUUAAAAUAUAAGGAAAAAUUUUAUGGUAUUUUAUAAUAAAGAGUUAUUUUAUAA